AUGUCAUCACCGAGUCCAUUGCUUCCGUUUUCGUUUUUUACACUUGAAAUAAUAUAUUUGUUGAUUGGAUCAGGCGUUCUUGUCGUAAGCGGAUUCGUGGGGUUUUUAAUAGCAGUAGCUCCAAGACCACGUAAACGCACCGAAAAAGAAAAAUACUAUAUGUCAGCAAAGUCUGAAAACCCUCAACUACUACCAAAUAUCUUUCAGGAGGCUACAACAGACUUAACAGUAGUCGUACCCGCUUAUAAUGAGGCAACGAGGCUGCCAAAAAUGUUGGAAGAAACCGUUACGUUUUUGGAAGAACGUCGGAAACGUAAAGAAUUCAAAGAUUGGAAAUACGAAAUUCUGAUAGUCAAUGAUGGAAGCACCGAUUCGACUACAGACGCUACAUUGGAAUUUGGUAAGGAAAAUCCAGAUGUGGAAUUAAGGGUUUUAAUAUUAGAAAAGAAUCGUGGAAAAGGUGGAGCUGUUACACAGGGCAUGCUUUCGGCUGGUGGUAAAUAUGUAUUGUUUGCGGAUGCGGAUGGUGCUACUAAAUUUUCAGAUCUAGCUUUAUUAGAACAAGACCUUGCAGAAAUUGAGACUGCCGAUGGGUUCGGAGCCGCUGUUGGUUCUCGUGCUCACUUAGUUGAAACAGAGGCAGUUGUAAAACGCUCUUUUAUUCGAAAUUUCUUGAUGCAUUCUUUCCAUAAAGUACUGUAUAUACUGGGAAUUCGUGGCAUAGGAGAUACUCAAUGCGGAUUUAAAUUAUUUACACGAAAAUCCGCACAACGCGUUUUUAUUAAUAUGCAUGUCGAACGAUGGAUAUUUGAUAUUGAAAUGUUAUUGAUUGCACAACAAUUUAAGACUCCGAUUGCUGAGACUGCCGUAAGCUGGCAUGAAAUUGAUGGAUCCAAAGUGUCAUUAGUCAAAGAUUCAAUUCAGAUGGCACUCGAUUUAUUAACUAUCCGAUUAAACUAUCUUUUUGGAAUUUGGACCGUUAAUGAUCCUUUGAAACCUAAACGCGAUUAA